AUGGAAAAGAGCCAAAAAAGUUUUGUCUGUUUCAAAAAGAAUAUAGAACUGCCUUGCGUCCAUUCUUUCAGUCGUUACUAUUCGUCUGGCAUACAUACACAAAACUACUACAAACAGAGCAAGAAUAGUAAAACAGAUCAAGUCACAUACACAAAAGCAGCACCUUUAAACGGAAACAUACGACCAUAUGUUAAUUUUGAUAAAAUCCAAAAACUAAAAGGAGAUGGGUGA